AUGAAGACACGUUUUAACACUUACGAUAUAGUGUGCAUGGUGACGGAAUUACAAAGGCUUGUUGGCAUGAGAGUAAACCAAGUCUAUGAUAUCGACAAUAAGACAUAUGUUAUUCGCCUUCAGAGAUCUGAGGAGAAAUCUGUAUUAUUAUUAGAAUCAGGAAACAGAUUUCAUACCACUCAAUUUGAAUGGCCCAAAAAUGUAGCUCCGUCUGGCUUUACAAUGAAGUUACGUAAGCAUCUCAAAAACAAACGUCUAGAACACCUUACCCAGCUAGGAAUUGAUCGGAUUAUAGAUCUUCAAUUUGGCAGUGGAGAAGCAGCAUACCAUGUUAUAUUAGAAUUGUAUGACAGGGGAAAUAUUGUACUUACUGAUUAUAAUUGGACAAUUUUAAAUGUAUUGAGACCUCAUGUCGAAGGGGAUAAAGUUAGAUUUGCUGUCAAAGAACGAUAUCCAUUGGAUCGAGCAAAAACUAGCUAUGAAGCUCCAAAUGUAGAUCAAUUGAAGGAAAUCCUGGCUAAGAGCAAACCUGGAGAUAAUCUUAAGAAAAUCCUUAAUCCCAAUUUAGAGUAUGGUUCAGCGUUAAUAGAUCAUGUCUUGCUUGAAAAUGGUUUAUCUGGCAACUUGAAAGUGUCAAUGGAUCCAGAAAAAGGUUUUGUUAUAGAACGAGAUAUUGAGAAAUUAGCCACUGCCCUAAAAGUUGCGGAAAAGUUGAUGGAUGAAGCAAAGAGUGAGAUUUGUAAGGGUUACAUCAUUCAAAAGAAAGAGGAAAGGCCAAACCCAGAAGGUGGUGGUGGUGACUUUUUAUUGACAAAUCAAGAGUUCCAUCCACUUCUAUACUCUCAACACAAAAGUCAGCCAUACACUGAGUAUGAGACGUUUGAUAGAGGAGUUGAUGAAUUCUUUUCAGCUUUAGAGGGACAGAAGAUUGACCUGAAGACAAUUCAAGUAGAACGAGAAGCACUAAAGAAACUUUCAAAUGUAAAGAAGGAUCAUGAAAAGCGUAUUACAGAAUUGGAAAAAGUGCAAGUUGAAGACCGCAAGGCUGCCGAGAUGAUAUCUAGAAAUGAACAGCUUGUGGAACAGGCUAGGCUAGCAAUCCAGACCGCCAUAGCUAACCAGAUGUCCUGGGAUGACAUAAAGCUAUUAGUGAAAACAGCUCAAGACAACUCGGACCCCAUUGCAUCUGCCAUAAAACAAUUGAAGUUAUCAACAAAUCAUAUUACUUUGAUACUAACUGAUCCAUAUGAUGAUGGGGACAUCUUGGAACCAAUGUUGGUGGAUAUAGAUCUCUCGCUAACUGCUUUUGCAAAUGCUAGGCGGUACUAUGAUCAAAAACGUAAUGCAGCAAAAAAGCAACAGAAAACAGUAGAAUCAGCCGGAAAAGCUCUUAAGAGCGCCGAAAGGAAAACCAAACAAACCUUGAAGGAAGCUCAAACAAUCAGCACAAUUAGCAAAGCAAGAAAAACCUACUGGUUUGAAAAAUUCUACUGGUUUAUCUCCUCUGAUAACUUUUUGGUGAUAGCUGGUCGUGACCAGCAACAAAACGAACUUUUAGUUAAAAGAUAUAUGCGUUCGACUGAUAUAUACGUGCACGCUGAGGUCACGGGUGCUUCAUCCGUGGUGAUUAAAUGUCCUGGAGGUGUCCCACCACCACCGCGAACGCUUAGCGAAGCUGGUCAAGCGGCGGUUGCAUACAGUGUGGCAUGGGAAGCAAAAGUCUUAACUCGCGCAUGGUGGGUACUCGGCCACCAAGUAUCAAAAUCUGCACCCACGGGAGAAUACCUAACAACGGGAUCUUUCAUGAUUCGCGGGAAAAAGAACUAUCUGUUACCGGAACAUUUACAAUUCGGUUUCAGUUUUCUUUUCCGUCUAGAAGAUAGUUGCAUAGAGGGACACAGAGAUGAAAGAAAGUGCCUAGUUGAUGAUGUUUCUGAAGUUGCUGAGAGUGAGGUUGAUACAGAAAUAGUAGUAUCAGACGAUUCUGAUAGAGAAGAUGACUUAAAUUGCAAUAAUACAUUAGAAACAAUACAUGAAAAUAAAACAUCCAUAGAAAAUAAUUUGGAGGAAAACUCCGAUAAAGAGAAAUUAGAAGAAAAGGAAGAGUUGAAAAAAGAAAGCUUAGAAAUAAAAUCAAAUGAAGAACAGGAACAAAAUGAUACAGAGAAACAGAAAGAUUCCAUUCAGAACGAGGAUAGCAGUGAUUCAGAUAGUGAUAGUUCUGAUGGUGUUUUGGAUACACAUAUAAAAGUUGAUCACGGCACAGGACAGGUGUUGAUCGAAUCGAAAACUCGAACGUUAUCAGAAAUAUCUACGCAAAGUGAGGAAUUACAGCUCAAAUUUCCCGCAUUACCGAAAAAAGGGAAGCCACAGAAAAGGGAAAAACCCCCACCAAGGGAGAAAGGACAAAAAGAGCAAGAGAAAAACGGACCUAAAAGGGGUCAAAAGGGGAAGUUGAAAAAAAUUAAAGAAAAAUACAAGGAUCAAGACGAAGAGGAUAGAGCAUUUAUGAUGGAGUUUUUACAGCCCGACAAAGGUGCUAAAGAAUCCAAAAAGGCCCUAAAGCAGGCAGCAAAAGGCAACAAGGAAAAGAAAUCGAACCGAGGACCCAAGAUACCACAACCUGCGCCGAUGCUGCUUGAAGCUGAAUCCGAGGAAGAGCCCGAGAUUGAACAAGAGACUGACCAAGCUGGCAAUGCCGACACAGAAAUGCUCUGUCAGUUAACAGGCUCACCGUAUACCGAAGAUGAGUUGCUAUUCGCUGUCCCAGUCGUGGCGCCCUAUUCGUCUUUACACAACUAUAAGUUCAAAGUUAAAUUAACUCCGGGUACGAGCAAGAGGGGCAAGGCUGCUAAGACGGCAAUACAAGUCUUCCUUAGGGAUAAAGCCGCAUCAGCCCGCGAAAAGGAUUUACUGAAGGCGGUCAAAGAAGAAAACGUCGCCAGAAACUUCCCAGGAAAGGUCAAAUUGUCCGCGCCGCAACUUCAUAAACAUAAAAAAAAAAAAUUAAAUGAAUUGUUAAUGUUAAGGGUUUUGCGUGAAGUGAAAUUCUGA